AGGGUUGGCAAACUCGUGCUUGGUCCUGAGAACGUCGGGGAAAUUGAAAAGGUUAUGGCAGUAUAUAACUGGUUUCUCCUCACUACUCAUCAGCAGAGACAAUGUAUAAAGAAUUCAAACUGGAGCCUGUUAAGCAAAGGAAAAUAGAGGAAAAGGGGGAAGAGAACACAGAGGAGAAGACAGAAGAAGUAAAACAACAUUCUCCUUUCAUUUUGUAUGUAGACUUGCAUUGUUUAGGAUGUGCUAAGAAGAUUGAGAGGACCAUUUCAAAGAUUAGAGGGGUAGAGAGAGUAAUGAUAGAUAUGGAGCAAAACCAAGUGACAAUAAACGGAGUGAUUGAACCACAAGCAGUGUGUGCCAGGAUUGGUAAGGAAACAAAGAGAACAGCAAACAUAUUGUCGCCUUUCCCACAAGCUGAGGAUGAACCUAUUCCUGAACAUGUUAGCAGGUUGACGACAGUUGAGCUUAUUGUCCACAUGCAUUGUGAGGCAUGUGCCAAGCAACUUAAAAGAAAGAUUCUAAAAAUGAGAGGGGUGAGAGCCGCGGAAACAGAUCUGACCUUAGGGAAAGUAAUAGUGACAGGAAGCAUGGACGCCAACAAGCUCGUUGACUAUGUAUACAGGCAAACGAAAAAGCAUGCCAAAAUUGUCCUUCAACAUGAACCCCGGAAGCAUAAGGAAGAACCAAAGAGUGAAGAUCAAAAUCCAGAUGAAGAAGCUAAGAAACUCGAAGAGGAAGAAAAGAAAGAAUGCGACGAAGACACUAACAAGGCAUCAGAAGGAGAAGAAAUCAUCAAUAAGAUGAUGUAUUAUUCCCAACCACUUUAUGUCAUUGAAAGAAUCCCACCUCCUCAGCUCUUCUCCGACGAAAAUCCUAAUGCAUGUUGCAUAACGUAGCCAAUAAUAACAGUUACGUGAAAAAUCAUUUUCAUCUAUUUGAAUUGUAAGUAGUCAUAGGGGAUCAUUUUUCUCGGAGUUUUGUGAUAUCGUGGGAUGAGACUAACGCAUAAGAUAUUUGGUUGGAUGACCAACUCCUAUGUUUCUUACAUUUUAUAUCAGCCAAUACAGUUUCAUCUUUCCCAAUUUGAUUUUACAUAUGAAACAGAUGUGCAACAGUUGAUCAU